UAGUGAGUGUACUGUGCCAGAGAGUGAGUUACCCUGCAGGAGGAAGACAUCUCCCAAGGUGCCUCUCUCCUACUGUCCCUCACAACCUGUUCUUCCCCAACACACGGAGUCUUUUACAACGCUAUAGUGAGUUUUUCCUCCAAACACCUGAAGAGUGGGCUGGGGUGACGAUUCUUCAGGUUCGGUUAGGUGUGUGAAUGUGUCUCAGUGCCAAAGCCAGGAUGCGUCUACUACUACUAAUGGUGGUGGUUGUGGUAGUCACCGAGAGUGUCCUUCCUCCUCCAGAAAGAUCCUACAACAUCCUCAUAGUCCUGACAGUCUCCGGAACAAGUCACAGGAAUGUAUUUAUCCCUGUAGCAGAAGGAUUGGCUGACAGAGGCCACAAGGUGUACGUAUUGUCAUCUCUCGCCAACUUCACUACGGACAGGAACAUCACACAGUUGAACACCGGGAUCAACGUCAUGGAGGAUGUGAAAAUAAAUACCUUCGACAUUCUUGAAGACAAUUUCGAUGAGUUCAAUUACCUCAUGACCCUCCUGCCUAAAUUGAUUGACGAUGUUUACGCGUCUCCGAUAUUUAUGGAGCUGUACAACAAGAGGAAGAUGUUUGACCUUAUCAUCAUUGACCACAUGUUUAAUGAGUUGAAUUACCCGUUCACCCAUGAGAUACCUUUCAUCACCAUCGCUACACAUGGUAUGGACCCCUUGCAGAGUGCGGCUGUAUUUGGCAAUGUUCUCAACCCAGCCUAUACACCUUCCGUGUUCUUCUCUCUCUCUCCACCGAAGGGUCUCUACCAGCGCUUCACCAACACCCUGAUACACCUCCUCGUUUCCUUCACUUAUAACUACUGGACAGUCAUUCCAGUAAUACAGAAGAAGGUGUCAGCGAAGUUCCCAGAUGCUCCGCCUUUGCUGGAGAUGGCCAGGAACCAGAGCUUGACGCUGAUCAAUUCUCACUUCAGUCUGGUCAUGCCCUACCCCCUCCUACCCUCUCAGGUGGAGGUGGGCGCCUUACACUGUCGCCCAGGCCAACCACUGCCUCAGGACAUCAGCUCAUGGAUAGAGGGCGCUGGUGAGGCAGGUAUUGUUUACUUUAGCUUAGGCUCUAUCACCAAGGGCGCCCUGAUGCCAGAGAAGUACCUAAAGCUCUUCCUCCAAGCGUUUAAGAGACUAGACCAGCGAGUUCUGUGGAAGUUUGAGAGUGACCUUCCCGGUGUGCCUGAUAAUAUUCUCAUACGACCCUGGAUGCCUCAACAGGACAUUUUGAGUCAUCCCGGAGUGAAGGUGUUUAUGAGCCACGGAGGUCUUCUGGGCACCCAAGAGGCCUUAUACCAUGCGAAGCCCAUCCUAGCACUACCCAUCCACGGUGACCAGCCCAGAAACGCUCAGAAUAUUGUCGACAAAGGUCUUGGUCUGUCCUUAAACUGGAAGGAACUCUCAGUGGAUCGUAUAGUCCACACGAUCCAAGAAAUUAUCAAUAAUCCUCGGUACAAGAGGAGGAUGCAGGAGGUAUCGUCAGCACUAAGGGACCAGCCGCAGUCACCGAGAGAACGAGCGGUGUUUUGGACUGAGUACGUCAUCCGCCACCAAGGAGCGCCCCAAUUGAGGUGCCCGGCGGUUGAACUCUCCUGGGUGGAGUUCCUCAUGCUGGAUGUGUUGGCUCUAAUCCUUCUAGCGGCUGUCAUCGCCCUCUUCGCCUUACGCAGGAUCAUCACAUUUAUUUGGGGCAGAAUUGUUAAACAGACUCAGUCAAAACAUAAAUAUGAUUGAUCCUUCAAUUUAUAUUUUGUGAGAAGUGAGGUAGAGUUCUAAGACGUGAAGUAGAGUUUAAGUCAUGAGGUAGUUCUAAACCGUGAAGUAGAGUUCUAAAACGUGAGGUAGAGUUCUAAAACGUGAGGCAGUGUUCUAAAACGUGAGGUAGUGUUCUAAAACGUGAGGUAGAGUUUAAGUCGUGAGGCAGAGUUCUAAAACGUGAGGAAGAAUUUUAUAAAGAGAGGUAGAGUUUAAAUCAUGAGGUAGAGUUUCUAAGACGUAAGGUAGAGUUCUAAAACUUUUGAGUAUUCGGCCCCGGGUGCUCUUUUCUUUGGUGUCACACCCUGUUCAGCCGCCGCCCAGGUACCCGGAGCUCUACUUGACAUCUGUCGUUUAUGGCAAUGGAUCUCGGACCCCCGAUGAGCCGAAGGACAAAAUAAACUCAGAUUGUGCCAAUACCAACUGAAAUGUUACAGAGUUAAACUCUCCUACUUGAGUCGGUUCAGGAUGUGCAGACAGGGUGAAGGAAGGAAAUUUGAACAAUUAUUGAACAAUAAACUGAACAUAUA